AUGCGGGACUGGGGAGACGGCCUGCCGCAGGAGCUUCUGGAGUGCAUUGCCGGGAGGCUCACGUCGGCCGGCGACGCCGCCGCCUUCCGUCUUAUCAACCGCUCAUGGAAGGCCGCGUUGCCGUUCUCGAGAUUCGCGCCGGUGCAGAUGCUGCCCUUCGACCCAAACUCGCCGGAGGUCGCCGUAACCUUCAGCCGGCCGACGCACGACGGGGUCGGGGAGACGUUCACGAGGAACCUCCCCGCGGUGCGCGGCAAGGUUGUCUGCGGAUCUUCCUGCGGCUGGGUCGCCCUAAUGGACGAAGCCGGCUCCCUGACGCUUCUCAAUCCAUUCACGGGCGCCACCGCCGAGCUCCCGCCCGCCAACGCCACCGUCGCGGCCAACUCCAGGAGACGCGCACGCGCGUCAGUGGUCGACGGGCGCAGCCGCUGGGUUCUCGAAACUUCUCCCGACGGCCUGCAGCUGGGCCAGGAGGAGGAGCAGCAGCCUGUGGUCACGCUAGGCGAGAUGAGACAUGUCUUCUUCCGGGAGAUCGUGCUGUCGUCGCCGCCCGACUCCGGCGGCGUCUGCGUGGCCAUGGCGGUGCUCGCGGCAUCCAGGGCCGUCAUGUACUGCCGCGUCGGGCCCGGCGGAGCGUGGACGCGGCUCAACAGCAGGCUGCCAGGCUGCGUCAGCACCGCCGUGCACUGCCGCGGCAACAAGUUCCUGGCCCUCGGAUACAACGGGGAGGUCUCCAUCUGUGAGUGCGACACCGACGGCGACAUGGCCGCCGCCGGUGCAGCUUAUAUGGGCGGCACCAUUGUUCCGCCCAGGCUCUUCUGCCGCCGCGGGUACCUAAUGGUGGACGGCGAGCUGCACCUCGUCGGCACCUCUAGGCGAAGGUUCCAGAACGCGGCCACCACCUACCGGACGCACGUCUACAAGUGCAAUGUCCUCGGCAGGACGCCGGCGUGGACCAGGGUGAAGAAACUCGAAUGGACCUCGCAAAAGAAAGGAAAACCUCGGAAAGACAAGAAAUUCGACCAGAUGACAUUGCUGGUGUCGAACAGAUUCACGACGGGCUGCAGUGGACCAACCCUCUCUGGGCUCGCUUCCAACUCUGUCUACUUCUGCGAGCCUAUCCAAGCAUAUGGACACAAAGGAUCACUGCAGCCGAUGGACAACAAAAGAUUAGGUAUAAUGUGCAAUAUAUUUGCAUGA